CUAGAAUUCAGACUUCUCCGUGUCCUGCUGAAAUGUCUAUAGUUUUCAACCCAAGCGUUCGCUGCCAGCUACCCGUUCUUCUGCUCCUGCUCCAAGGGAUACUGAUUGGCCUCUUUGCAGUGUUUCUGAGCUACGAUGAACUCUCUAGCGCCACAUCUCUCGCCAACAUCACGGUGGCAAACACACACGACCUGGACACCUAUUUUCCCCUCUUUAAAGAUGUUCAACUCAUGCUGUUUGUUGGACUUGGACUUCUGCUCUCGUUUCUCAAGCUUUAUGGUUUUGGGGCCAUGGCCCUCAACUUGGUCAUAGCCAAUUUCUCCAUCCAGUGGGCUGUGCUUGUACAAGGCUUUUUCUACCAUUACAGAGAUGGGAAGAUCCACUUUGGCCUGGAGAAUGUGAUGCAUGCUGAAUUUGCUGCUGUCACGGCCCUUAUCUCUGCUGGGGCCAUUCUGGGAAGAUCCAGCCCUGUCCAGCUGCUGUUAAUGUCCAUGCUAGAGAUUCCACUCUUUGUGCUGAACGACUGGCUUAUUAAUUAUUAUUUCCAUAUAAUUGAUAUAGGAGGUACAGUUGCCAUCCAUGUUUUCUCUUGUUAUUUUGGCCUGGGUGUUUCUCGGAUACUUUACCGCCCUGGGCUACGAGCAGGUCACUCAAAAAACAUUACAACCUCCACCACUGACCUCCUGUCGCUGUUGGGGUCAAUUAUCCUUUGGAUCUUCUGGCCAAGCUUCAACUCUGUCUUAGCCAAGUCAGCAGAGGCUCGGCACAGAGCGGUUCUUAACACAUUUCUUGCACUUAGCUUUAGCACCCUCACUACCUUUGCUGUGUCUAGCCUAAUGGACAAGAGAGGACGUAUCAACUUGGUGCAUCUACAGAAUUCCAUUUUGGCUGGAGGAGUGGCUGUUGGAGCUUCUGCCGACAUGAUGAUUACCCCAGCAGGGGCUUCUGGCUUGGGAUGCAUUGCAGCUUUUUCCUGUAUUCUGGGUUUCCAAUACAUCUCUCCCUUCCUAGAAAGAAAACUCAAAGUACAAGACCAGUGCGGAAUCCAUAACCUGCAUGGGCUGCCAGCAAUCUUUGGCACUCUGGGCAGCAUUUUAGCCAUUCUUUUGGACAGGGUGGACACUGGCGGUCAUAAUUUGCACACAGGCUUCACUCCAGACAUUUCUAUAGGGAAAGAGUCGUUAAUCCUUGACGAAGUGGAAGUUAAUGGAGCCUGGAAUGCAACUGAUCAAGCACUGAAUCAGGCAGCUGCCCUAGGGGUUACCUUUGGCGUGUCGCUUCUUGGAGGUUAUAUUACUGGGCUCCUUAUAAAGCCCCCUUGUCUCGUCCAUCCAUCUGAUGAAAUGUGCUUUGAUGAUCAGCCCUACUUCCAGAUUCCCAUAGACUCAGAAGAAAAAUGGAGCUUAAAUCCAAAAGCCCAGAGAGAACUGUUAGUGCCACUGAAGCAAGUGUAGCAGGACACACAGAUCCUAGACACUGUGAUGGGUUUCCAUAUACAGGCUCUCGUGUCUGGCUUCCACCAUAUGUUUCAGUGGGAAAUCCAGUUUCAUCCUAUGUGAUAGGGAUGCAUGCUCUGAGCAAUGACAAAGUACAUUUAUUGCAGCAUGGAAAGUUCUGUGAAUGGGGGAUUGGGAAUACACAGUGUUCAGUGCUACUCUUCGGCUUUGCUAUAAGUUUAUUAACCACUGUUUUAAUAGCUGAGUUGAUAAAUGCAGUUAGCGGAAUUACAAA